AUGAGCUACUUCCGUGUUCAACUCAUUCGCUCCGCGAUCGGUCUUCCCCGACGCUCAACAGACGUCCUCAAGGCCCUCGGCCUCAAGAAGCGCAUGGGCAUUGUCUUCCACCCCGUGUCUCCAUCCGUUGCCGGUCAAAUCAUGAAAGUCAAGGAACUUGUUUCCGUGCAAGAAGUCGAUCGCGCAUUGACAAAGCAAGAAGUCCGUCUGGAGCGAAAGCCAGAUCCCGGAUACUAUGUUGAGAAGUCGAGUGUGGAUGAGCGGGCUGAGUUGACUGGGCAUUGA